AUGACGGAAGCGUCGCUCUUUGUGAUCCAUGUCCAGCUCUAUGCUGCUGAUGGCAUGGAGGAUCGAAGCCUUGUCGUCAACCCGGCCCGGCUCAAGGAAGCUGUUCCUCGCCCCUCGACUUCCCUGGCACUCCAUCAUCGGGUCGCUCAUACCCCACCCCCGGACACUGACUCGCUCCAGACAGAGAACGUCAUUGGUUCGCCAAGCAUGGCGCCUGUCGCAGCAGCCAAUGGCUGCCAGAGCUGCAGCCCUGAUGCAGGCAGUCCCGACUGGCUUCAGGAUUUGAGCGACAGCGACCAAGUCGCGAGGAUGCUGUUUCCAGCCGCCCAACCCUCGCUCUUCGGGAACUUGGUUUCCUCGGCUGUUUUCUCCAAGAGUGCCCAAAACUCCAUGACCGGCGUCUUCUUUGUGUUCUCCAAGCUGUUCAUUCGAGUCGAAGGAACAUACAGGCUCAAGUUCACCUUGGCCGACUUGGGCGAUCCUUGCUGCCCUGCCUUGGUCACCAUCCAGUCCGAGGGUUUUGUGUCCUAUGGAUGGAAGAACUUUCCAGCAAUGUCAGAGCCCACGUCCACUUUCAAAGCCCUUGCCCAGCAAGGUGUCCAUGCUGUCCGUCGAAGUCGAGGAAGGAAGUGA